CUCUCCUCCCCCCCCCCCCCCGGGUCUGGUUGUCGGAGCUUAAUUUCCAGGUGCAAGAAUAACCGAGUCAUUAAAGCAGUAAAAGUUUGUCUGCUAGCUAAUGCUAAAUCUAAGGGUAAGCUUAACUAUAUUUUCUCCGAUUAAUCUAGCUAGUUUAUACUAAAGUGUAACUAUUUUCUAAUUAACUCUAUCUCUACCCUUCUUCACUGAAGAGAGAGUUUCUGAUUAAGGUUUAAUUUUCCAAUGAAUAUUUUUCUUUAACUUGUGGCUGGUUAUACAAAGCAUGGCUUCUUCUUCUCUUUCUUUUCAAGAAAAGUACGAUGUUUUUCUCAAUUUCAGAGGUGAGGACACACGCAAUACAUUCGCUAGCUAUCUUUAUGCAGCUCUAUCAGCAAAGCACAUCUCAACUUUCAUGGAUCACGAGCUCGAGAGAGGGGAUAAAAUUUCACCAACACUUAGUAAAGCCAUCGAAGAAUCCAAGAUUUCAGUGAUUAUUUUCUCUGAAAACUACGCUUCGUCCACAUGGUGUUUGGAUGAACUUGUGCAAAUCCUUGAAUGCAAGAAAACAAGAGAACAGAUUGUUAUUCCAAUCUUUUACUACAUAGAUCCAUCAGUUGUACAAAAGCAGUCGGGGAGUUAUGGAGUUUCACUUGCUGACCUUGAAGAACGUUUCAGAGACAGAAUGGAGAAGGUGCAUCAGUGGAGGGCUGCUUUGACAGAAGCGUCUAAUCUUUCUGGGUUGGAUUCAAGGGAAUUCAGGCCCGAAAACAAAUUAGUUCAAAAAAUUGUUGAAGACAUUUCAAAGAAAUUGUUUAGAUAUCCUUCAUCAAAUGUGCAUAUGAAUGGGCAACACAUUGGAAUUGAAAAAAAGGUUUAGGAAAUUGAAUCAAAAUUAUGCAUCGGCGCAAAAGAUGUUCGCAUUAUAGGUGUUUGGGGCAUGGCAGGUAUUGGCAAGACAACCCUUGCUAGUGCUGUAUUUCAAAGAUUGUCAUAUUUUCAAUUUGAAAGUUGUUGCUUUCUUUGGAAUGUUAGGGAAGAAUAUUUAAGACAUGGGCGAAAUUAUAUGAGAAAGAAACUUCUAUCUGACUUAUUAAGGGAUGAAUCUAUUUUGAGUAUGGAUACCCCAUUUGUAGGAUCAUCUUUUAUUCAUGGCAAACUCUGCCGCUUAAAAGUGCUCAUUGUUCUAGAUGAUGUGGAUAGUUCAAAGCAGUUAGAUGAUAUAGUUGGACCAUAUGACCGCUUCGCAUCUGGGAGUAAAAUCGACCACUUUGCACCUGGGAGUAUAAUCAUUGUCACAACUAAAAACAAGCAAGUGCUAAUUGAAAAAGAAGCUAAUGAUAUUUACAAGCUUGCAGGGUUAAAUCAUAAAGAAUCUUUAGAGCUGUUCAAUUUGCAUGCUUUUGGAAAAAGUUCUCCUUCAAAAGAUUAUGAAAUGCUGGUAAACCAUGCGACACGCUACGCUGAUGGACAUCCAUUGGCUCUUAAAGUGUUGGGUUCUUUCCUUCACUCCAAAAGCACAGAUGAAUGGGAAAGUGCAUUAAAUAAAUUGAAAAUCAUUCCCAACAAGGACAUCCUAGAUGUGCUUAGAAUCAGUUAUGAGGGAUUAGAUAAAGGGGAGCAAAAUCUAUUUCUUGACAUUGCAUGUCUAAUUAAUCAGUCUUUUACUAGAGAAGAUGCAGAAAAGAUGUUAGAUGCAGGUGACUCCUUUGUGAAAAUUGGACUAACUGUUCUUAUUGAAAAAUCUUUAAUUGAAAGUUGUGAAAACAACGAGCUCUGGAUGCAUGAUUUACUACGGCAAGUGGGUCAGACAAUUGUUCAUGACGAACACAGAGAACCUGGUAAACGUAGUCGAGUGUGGGAUGUUAAUGAUG